AUGGUGCACUUUCGAACGGAUAUCGGGGCGACGAAUGAGGCGGCAGAUCCGAACAAUGAGAACUAUGCCAAGGAGCUCGAGACUGAUGUGUUGAUUGUAGGUGCUGGCUUUGGUGGCAUUUACCUGAUGCAUAAGCUUCGUCAGCAAGGGUUCAAGUGCAAGAUUAUGGAGGCUGGAUCGAACAUUGGUGGUAUCUGGCAUUGGAAUUGUUAUCCUGGUGCCCGCGUCGACUCACAAGUUCCUAUCUAUGAGUAUAGUAUGCCGGAAGUUUGGAAGGACUGGACUUGGUCGUGCCGGUACCCCGGCACAGAAGAACUUCAAAAGUACUUUGACCAUGUCGAGAGGAAACUGGAUGUAAAGAAAGACUGUGCUUUCAAUACAAGAGUGGUUGGAGCACACUAUGACAAGCCGUCUUCAAAAUGGAUAGUAAAGACCGAGGAUGGCCGAAUAGCACGCUGCAAGUAUUUUCUGCUAGCGCUCGGCUUCGCAGCGAAGCGACAUUUCCCAGACUGGCCAGGCAUGGAUAAGUUCAAGGGCGAGAUCCACCAUUCGAGUUUCUGGCCUGCGUCUGGAGUAGAUGUCAAGGGAAAGCGUGUUGCGGUAAUUGGAACUGGGUCGACGGGUGUUCAAAUUGCUCAAGAGACUUCCAAGGAAGCUGCCAGUAUAACGCAGUUUGUCAGGACACCAAAUCUCUGUUUGCCCAUGCGACAAAAGCUUCUAACGAAAGAGGAGCAAGAGAAGAGGAAGCAAAGCGAGUACGAGGAAGUCUUCAAGUAUAGAUUGACGAGUUUUGCCGGAUUUCAGUACGACUAUGUUCAGAAAUAUACCUUUGACGACUCACCAGAGGAGCGCGAGGCAUUCUAUGAGAAGAUUUGGGAGAAUGGUGGUUUCGAGUUCUGGCUGGCAAACUACAAAGAUCUCCUAUAUGACAGCAAAGCCAACCGCGAAGCCUAUAACUUUUGGGCGAAGAAGACUCGCGCACGGAUAUCAGACCCCGAGAAACGUGAGAUUCUCGCGCCACUGGAGCCCCCACAUGCCUUUGGCACCAAGCGACCGAGUCUAGAACAAAACUACUACGAGAUGCUUGACAAACCCGAGAACAAGGUCAUCGACGUGAAGAAGACGCCCAUCAAGGAGAUCAAUGAAAAGGGAAUCGUGCUCGCCGAUGGUACGCUCCACGAAUUCGACGUGAUCGCGCUCGCCACCGGCUUCGACUCUGUAACCGGAGGUAUCAAAAAUAUGGGUCUAAAGGACGUCGACGGUGUCGAGCUGUCAGAGAAAUGGAAGAAUGGUACAUACUCGUAUCUGGGCAUGACAAUAAGUGGUUUCCCCAACACAUUCUUCCUCUACGGCGCUCAAGGUCCCACAGCCUUCUCCAACGGCCCAACAUGCGUGGAAGUCCAGGGUGACUGGAUUGUCGAUGCCAUAGUCAAGCUCCGCGAUGAGGGUAUUACAUACUGCGAGCCCACGCAUGAAGCUGAGCAACAAUGGCGGGAGAAGAUCACGGAGCUAAGCGAUAAGACAUUGUUUCCGCAGACGAAGUCGUGGUAUAUGGGGGACAAUGUGCCGGGUAAGGUACGAGAGCAGUUGAGUUUUGCUGGCGGAUUUCCUUUGUAUAAAGAGUUGACGAGGAAGGCGCUGGAUAAUGGGUUUGAGGGGUUCAUUACUGCUUGA